CACAAAAACCUUCACUUCCCUAUCGUUAUAUUUUAAUUUUAAUUAAACUUAACCGUUAAAAUAAAACGUCAGUGUACCUUCUCCAUUCGGUAAUGUUGGUUUAUCCGGCUUUUUGGUGUAAUUAUCAACGUUUAUUCAAGUUUUAUAAACAUAUUUCAUCAUAACUUUUUUCCAAUGAAACUUUAUAAAUGCGACUUUAAUCAAAAACGACGUCAAAGUAAUAUUUUGAGGUUAUCUACAUCAACAAAAUUGUUUUUGUGUGGGUUUUAAUUAAUCUUCGUUAAUAAUAAUGGAUUUAUCGAGACAAGAAGUAAAUUUACGUAGACUGUUAGCUAAAUGUGAGCUUAUGAUUAAAAGUAACCAAAAAGAUGAUGAAAGAUUUCCAAAAUACAUUAACUCCUUAGAACAAAUGUUAGAGGAGGUUAAAUCGUUAACAUCAAAUAAUACCAAGCUUCCUGAAUAUACAAAACGGAUUCGGCAUUUAAAAAUCAAUCUGGGAAUGUUGUCGGAACAAGAUUUAGCUACUGGAGAUGGUUUAAAUAAGUUAACAGCAAGAGAAGAACUUUUGGAGGUUAGAAAACGUCCUGUUACCAAAGAAGGAACCGGGAAAGAUUUCGAUAAUUUAAUUGAUUUUCAUCAGAAUAUACAGGAGAAGAUUGCCAAUGAAAUGAUUGAGUUAACUAAUAAUUUAAAAGAGCAUAGUACUUUGGCUAAUAAAAUUAUUAAGAAGGAUACGGAAGUUUUAGGAAGGUCUAAUCAAUUGACGGAUGCUAAUUUUUCUAAAUUAAAAGUUGAAUCUGAGAAACUACAGCAGCAUUCAAAGAAAGCGUGGAAAUGUUGGAUGUGGAUCUUGAUUUUAAUCGUUUUGGUUGUGUUCGUUAAUAUGGUGUUGUUUAUGAAAGUCAUGAAGAAAAAAUAGAUUAAUAUAUUUAUUGGAUAUUUUUUGGUGGAUAGUUAAAUUUGUGGAAGGUUUAGGAUGAUCACAGAUGUACAUUUAGCCCUGUUAGCAAAUUUCCUGGGUGUUACACUCUUCUUAUUAGUCGUUUUAU